AUGUCGGAGAGCUUAGCUAGUAUGCGUGUGCUGACAUUUAACUUGUGGGGCAUUUUCAAUUCAAAGAUGAAGACAGAGCGUAUGAUUCACUUUGCAUCCAAGAUUGAGAAUUACGACGUUAUUCUUCUUCAAGAGCAAUUUGAUUCGAAAGAUUUAGAGCUUAUUAAGCAACAACUUUCGCCUGAGGUACGCGAGAGCUACCACUUUUGCCGUUUUCAAACCGGUUUUUAUGGCUGUGGGUGCGCCGUCAUCUCUCGAUAUCCCAUUCUAUCAGCCUUUUCCUAUGUUUAUCCACUUCAGGGCAUUCCAGAGAUGCUUCUGCACGGUGACUUCUUUGCUAACAAGGGAGUUGCCCGAGUUGUGGUGAAUGUGCCUCUUUCAGAUUUGGACAGCGAUGAUUUGGAGGUGCUGCAUCAGCCGGUUAUUCUUUACAUUACUCAUCUCGUGGCCAGCUAUCAGAAAGCGCUAGAGCUACCAAAUCAUAUGGAUGAGCGCUACCUACCAUUCCGUAUUAGCCAAGCCAUAUCGUUGGCCAACUACAUCAUCAACACGUCUAGUCCCAGAAACUACGUCAUCAUAGGCGGAGACUUUAACUCUUCACAAGACUCGCUCGAGGUUCGAAUGAUGCUCAUUCUCCUUCGAAAUAAAGGCUACAAGAUGCAAUCGGUGCUUCCUUCGCCGAAUGAGCCUGAGAAAAAGUCCAUCAAAAAAACUGGGAAGGCCCCCUUGCUAGAGCCCAUCCACAGCCUGUUCACCUAUUCCUAUCGAAACUCGUUCAACUCCUCUAGCACGUCCUACUUCAAGCUUCUGAAGCAGGAGGCUGACAUCCCAGCACAGAUCGAUCACAUUUUCUAUUCCUCAAACACUUUUCGAAUGGCAUCUUUUGAGGAUUGCCCGGACGUCGCCAAGGGGUUUCCGUUUUACCGUGUCGUUGAUGGAACAAAGGUGCCAAGUGGGGUGGUGGUUUUCACUGAGAACGAGGUGCGUCGAAUGUCGAAGCCCUCUUUCUUUGUAAGGUGGGCGAGCGUCUGGUAUAAUCGGCUUCGCGGCGUGGGGACCGCGAUUUUCGGUCGGAGCCCUCUCUUGAAUGGGGAGAAGGCGGCGUGUAACGCGGUGGAUCAAGCCGAGUUAUAUCCCAUAUCCGAUCACUACGGUGUCGGAGCGCGGCUGAUUCUGCUCGCGAGAUCCGAUGGCUACGACUCCAGACCCGGGAGCAAAGUUAUGAGCCCCACAAUUCGGAUGGUGAACUUUACACAAGAAGAUCUUGAGGUCGUUGAGAAGGUUGUGAGCCUUUUACAGAGCCAAGUUUCGAAUUUCCGAAAUCAAAUUAAGAUGUUUCGAAUCAUAUCGGCCGUGUCGAUGAGUAUUGUCAUCAUCAAUGCAUACUUGAUGAUGCGGGUGACAUCAGCGCAGGAGAAUCGCACCGCUGAGCUGCUUCGGAGGCUGUAUUGCAUGAAGUUUGGCGACAGCAAUCCCAGUGCGGUAGGAGUGCCGUAUCAAAACACCUGGAAUGAGCAAAUCAGCAAUUUUUUUGUUGGAAGUAUUCAAGCCGUCUCUCAUUCAAUCCCGAAUUGUUUCUCUUCAUGUAUAGUUAAAAUUCUUGAAGCAGUUGGAGUUCUUCAAAUCUUCGGGUUCGUUAAUGGUACAGUUCAUCCAUCUGCAGCAAGUAUUGAUAGUCGAUGGCUAAGUAACGAAUCGGAUCCUGACUUUGCUUUCAUAGCAAAAAGCCUUGCCAGCCGCCCAUUCUGGUUGAAUUCGGUGAUGUCUUCAGUGAUCCAUGUGGUAGCGUCACUGUUUGGUUUGUCUGCUUUCCUCAUUGGGAAUAUACAGCGUUUAGGGAACGCAAAGGUUCUUGAGGAUGAGGUCAACAUGAUUGUUCCGUUACUCUCGCGAAGUGUAAACGGAUUUCGAAGUGAUAAUUGA